CUCGGUCAGCUGACCUGCCCACGUGACUGAACGGGAAGUGUUGCCGGCAGCCAGUUGGACAUGGAUCUGCAGAGCGGCGAGAAGCGCUUCGUGCUCCCUCUUCAUAUUUUCAUCAGUAUACAUGUCGUGUUGGGUUUGUCUCUUGGUGAUGCGGAUCAGUAUCGAAGAAAGGUUUCUUUGGAGUUGAACCCUGGCCUUAACAGCACCUCCUCGGCUCCUCUUAAUGUAAGCAUCCUCCAUGUGAAGGCGGUUGGAAAUAAUGAUACACUACACAUCAUCUUGGCCAGCCUUGGACCCCCAUCUCUACUGCUGGUUCACACAGGUAGUUCAGACACACAACUCAAGAUAGACUGGAACCGUCUGAUGACAGAAAACUCAUCUCGCAGUGUUUGGGUCGAACCAGUGAGCUCGGUGUUGUACUCCCGGGCACUGCUGUUUACUAAGGUUUGGGAAUACAAUGAUGUGAAUGACACUGCCGACUUUCCUAGUGAUCCAUCAAAGUACAUGUUUCCCCCAUACAACCUUGAGGAAUUUGUUUGGGAUGACUUGAAUAAAAGUUUGGACAAGACUGCACAUACUGCCAAGCUGUGUGGCAAGAAUGUUACAGAUCAGUAUUUUGUUAAUGGCUCCAUCUGUUUCAAGAUUUCAGCCUUUGAUGCGCUAGGUAGGGAUGAAAAGUGGCCCUGUUUCUUGCACAAUGCAAACUCCUCCCAGAUUCAGUUUGAAAUUGACAGGGUGUUACCACGGUCUAACAAAUCAAGAUUUGGGCUGGAGCUGGUCUCAAUAGAAGAGAAUGGUGUCCGAAGCUGGAUAGACACAAAACAUUCAAUUGACGAUGAGUACACUCCUUCAAUCUUUCAGGUUUAUAACUUGUUGUCAGUAAAAGGAAAUGGCAGUGGCCCAGUCCUUGGAUAUACUCAUUGGAAACCAGUGGCGUAUCGCAACAAAACUCCUGUUUUUGAGCAGGCCACCCCAAGUCAUCAUACUGGACCACAGUCUAAGUUGUUCUCCAACCACUGGGGACUCCCAAUAGCUUUCUUUGGGAAAGACGUUGAGCCCAAGUACACCAUCAUGUCUGUCAACAUCACCUUUGGAAUAGCAGGGGAACCCUACUACAAUGAAACCUACUACCUCAGCUGGACAUCUCUGGUAGGCAUUGGCUCUCCCCCCGAAGACCCCUUUUCAACUCUUGUGAUCUGUAUUAUAGCUGUAGGACUGGGAGCACCAAUGGUGAUUCUGCUGAUGGGCUGCAUUAUAGUGCAACUGAAGCGUCGGAAACCAGUGACGCCACCAGGUUACCAGCCUAUAAACUGACAUUGUUCUUUAUUGAGCCCAGUCUCUCUGGCGUCUGUCCAUGAACUGUACAACUUCCAGUGUUAUGGACAAUCCUGUAAAAAGCACAUGUCCACAGUGUUGUUUACCAGUCAGGUCCAGCAAAUCUGCAGUUAAUACAAGAAAGCAAUCGGGCAUUUCAGGAAACUGUGAGCAUUCAGUUGAUAUGCAUGUGCUGCAUUGGGAACAAUGGUAAAAAAAAAACAAAACAGUUGCACUUGCUGAUAUUGUAUUGCUUAAUGUAAAUGUUAGUGGAGACUACUGUGCUGAAGAGCAUUUUUGUUAAACUGUAAUCUUCUUUUCCUUAAGGGGAAGUUGAGCAAAGUAUACAUUUUAACAGACUCUUGGUUUUUGCACUUCACCUAAGCUCCUGAGAUGCUGCUUUCCGUUCAUAUACUUGCAUUUUGUUGUGUACUGUACAUCGUUCUCAGGUGAAUCCCUUACAUUAAACUUCUUUGAUUACCAUUUUUUUUUCCUGUCUGUACAUACAAUAGGAAACCAUAAAUCAGGUUAAUGUUCUUAUAAUGGAGAUACCUAUUGUUCCAAAGGUUUAACAUAAACAAUGUGCAGUGUUGGCAUAUCUGUAAUUAGGAAUACUGAGAUGAAUAGAAUUAUAUAUCUUUACUAUGUUUUUGUGAAAAGAAACAGUUAUUCUUAAAUCCAACAGAAUGUUUGUUUUUGUUUUUAAAUCGGUUUGAAUAAGGAGCUUAAAUGCAGCACAAUAUGUAGAUCUCUAGACUUAUUUUUGUUCUUCUGCUGCCGGUGACACUAAUGCAUAAGGUUUACGGCUAUUCUUGUAGCCUGAAAAACAAAAUGGCUGUUCAUUUGUGAUGUCAAGUAGAUGAGGUUUGGGUAUGGGGGGUGUAGGGGGUGUCGAUCUACCCAACGUAUUUCUCCUUACAUUCAGCUUUCUGGCUUCUAAACAAAGCACAUAAAACACAUUUCAUUUCAGUGCCUUGCACAGUUUCCUGAGCACUUUACCUUGUUUUAUCCAUUUUGCAAGCUUGAGUUGUAAAUGUGUAAAUGGUUUUUAUCAAGUGCAAUAAAACAUUUGUAUACAACUCUG